GGUAGAGUUGAGGUUUUUUGAAUGUGUUUGACAUAGGUGAAGGUGGGGUAAGCGUUGAAUCAGAAAGUGUUUUUGCUGUCUCUGACGUGGUGCAGUUGUGAAACACGACAAAGUUCUAGAAGUUUGGUCCUAAGCAUUUCGAAAUGUUUACCAACAACAUGUCUGACCCCCGGCGACCAAAUAAAAUCCAGAGGUAUAAACCGCCAUCUACAGAGAAUAAUCCAACACUCGAGGACCCGACCCCUGAUUACAUGAACCUGCUGGGCAUGAUUUUCAGUAUGUGUGGGCUGAUGUUAAAGCUGAAAUGGUGUGCGUGGAUUGCUGUGUACUGUUCCUUCAUCAGCUUUGCAAACUCCAGGAGCUCAGAGGAUACCAAACAGAUGAUGAGCAGUUUCAUGUUAUCAAUUUCAGCCGUUGUGAUGUCAUACCUUCAGAAUCCUCAGCCCAUGUCUCCUCCAUGGUGAUUGGACCAUCCUCAUUAAAUCUGCUCUUCCAGACAUUUUCAAUGCAAUCACCCAUUUUAAACUGAAACUCAGUUGACCGAGAUUGUUUGUAAAAUCACAAACUGUGCUUACUGCUAAUUUUAGAGUGGAGCUUUGACAUCUAAAGAGUGCAACUGCAUCUUCACCUGUGUGAGAGAGAGAGAAUAUCCCACUUUUUAUGCAUUGUACAUGAAAUGCAUAAUUUGUCAGAAGAAUUUCAUACUGUAGUAUGACUUUUUAAAUCUUUAAUAAAAGAAUAAUCGAUUAAA